AUCGACGCCCGAGCCGGUCCCUGACGCUGCCGCUCGGAGUUCUUCCCCUCGUCGGUCCGCCUCCGUCGCCUCGUCCCCGUCGUCCUCCCCACGCCCCGCUGCCAGUGCCCUGCAUCGCAUGUGAGCACCCCAUCCAUCCGUCCCCGUCUCCCUGCUCGUGCGCACUCACCGCGCCCGUCGUUCCCGCGCGCGACCGACGCCCCUCGCGCGUCCGCGCCCUCGCCCUGCCACAGUUGCCCCGCUCCCUCCCCUCGCGCUCGCCCGCGCCGACGCGAGCCCGGGUCACCCGUCGUCCCGCACCGGCCAGGCCUACCCCGCGACCUGCCGUGCCGCGCUGGCCGCGCCUCCCCGGCAGCCCCUGCUCGCUCCGCUCGCCGGCCCUUGCUGCCGCUGGGGACCAGCAGCGGCCGCGGCCACAGCCGCCGGCGCCUACCGCGCUCCCCCGCGCCUGCCGAAGGCCGCCACGGCUCGUCUCGUCGGCGCGCGUGCCCCGCAACUCCCCACGCCCGGUGCUGCUCCCGUUGUCGCCGGCCACCGAGGCACCAGGCGCGCUCGCCCUCGCCUCUCAUGGCGUCGGGUGCGAGCACCCGCACCAGUGCGCCAGCUGCACCCCCCUGAGCCACUGA